AUGGAGCAGCCGGGAUAUGUGGUGGCGGUGGUGGGCGCCGGGUUAGCCGGGCUGUCAUUUGCGGCGGCGCUGAUGCAGGAAUCCUCGCGCGACCACACAUUUGCUUUGUGCAAGGUCGUCGUCUUCGAGCAAUCUUUGGUACUGGACCCUGGUGCUCUCCGGUCGUUGCCCUUGGCACGAGUUGGCCUGAAGGCACUCCAUGCUUUGGAGUGUCCUUUGGUUGGCGCAAUGUUCCGGCAGGAGACCGAUUGCAUACGUCGCGAAGAUCUAUUGAAAUGGUUUGUCAGUCUGUUGCCAGCAGACGCGAUUCAUUUUGGCAAGUCUUUCCGAGGGUUUCAUGUCGAUGGCGACCAGCUCUUUUGCCGCUUUCAAAGCAUGGAUGCUGGAAAUUUACAGUUGGAGGGUCCAUUUGAUGCUGUCGUAGCUGCGGAUGGUCUUCGAUCAAAUGUUCGGAGUGAGUGCGAAGCAGCCUGCGAACAAGGACCUCAUCGGCUUCGGGAUUUGAUUCUGGGUGGAUCGAUCUUAUUCCUUGGGGAUGCUCGGCGAGCUUUUCGAAAAGAGCGAGAUCUGGGACUUGGCAGGGUUUUCGGAGGUGGCAACAAAGCAAUAGAACAAGGCGUUCAAUUGGCGGGCUCCCUCAUAGAGGCUUUUGAUCGCGCUGCCAGGCCUGUGCGUGGUUCCACCAGCCUGCACCAGGUUGCGAUGGUAUUGCAGAAAGCGGCGGCGGCCAUGCGAUGGAGACGAAACUAG